AUGAGCGAGCAGUCCACCGAGGCAAAACUAAACCUCCAAUUGACCAGAACUCAGACAGCCUCGAGCCUUAUCACCGAUCAUGACCGGGUAACUGUCGCUCGCAUAGCGACAAACCUACGGCAGCGAGCCUCUGUCAAGGAGGAGCCUGAGAUGGACGAUACGUCGUUGGACCCCGCAAACCCUAACUUCAAUCCUCAUGAAUGGGCCAAGAAGACAAUUCGUUCAUUUGAUACCGAGGAGGUCAAUGCGCGUCGUCGGGGAGUCGUGUUUGAAAAUUUAUCGGUCUUCGGCUCAGGCUCCUCGGUGCAGAUCCAACAAACCGUGCUAUCCACCUUGCUGCUCCCCUUUUCGAAAAUUGCGACAAUGAUGCAACAAUCCCGAAGUGGGAAGAGAACAAUCCUGAACAGUUUCGACGGGCUACUUGACGGUGGCGAGUUGCUUCUGGUUCUAGGUCGCCCUGGGAGUGGUUGUUCUACAUUCUUAAAAUCGAUAUGCGGUCAUUUGAACGGACUGGAUCUAGACCCAUCUAGUGAUAUCCAAUACAAGGGGAUCCAAUUCGCGCGCAUGAUCAAAGAAUUUCGGGGAGAGGUGCUCUAUAAUCAAGAAGUUGACAAGCAUUUUCCACACCUGACGGUUGGCGAGACCCUCGAGUUUGCUGCUCACGCAAGGGCCCCCCAAAAUCGAAUCAACGGAUACAGUCGAGAGGAGUACGUGGGAAUUAUGGUCCAGGUGAUCUUGGCAUUCUUUGGUCUGUCGCACACGUAUAGUACCAAAGUUGGAAAUGAUUUUGUUCGGGGGGUCAGUGGGGGUGAAAGGAAACGAGUGAGUAUCGCAGAGAUGGCUCUAUCCCGCGCCCCGAUUGGCGCGUGGGACAAUAGCACUCGAGGCCUUGAUGCUGCCACUGCUCUAGAAUUCGUCAAGGCCCUUCGUCUCUCUGCCGACCUUGGAGGCUCCUGCCAUGCGGUAGCAGCUUACCAGGCCUCUCAAUCAAUGUAUGAUAUCUUUGAUCAGGUCAUCGUCUUGUAUGAGGGUCGAGAGAUCUACUAUGGUCCAUGUGAGCGGGCAGUGGAGUAUUUCGAGGAGAUGGGCUGGAUGCGACCCCUCCGACAGGUUAGCGGUGACUUCUUGACUUCCAUUACAAACCCGAGAGAACGUGUUGCUAGACCGGACAUGAAGCACAAGGUUCCCCGGAGCGCAGCGGAGUUUGAAGCGUACUGGAGGAAAAGCCCGGAAUAUCAUGCCCUGAAGUCUAAGAUGAAAAAUUACCAGCAAAACUUUCCCGUCGAUGGGCAACAAGAACGAGCAUUCAAUGCCACAAAACAGGCUGGGCAAGCUAAGCAUGUUCGAAAGCAGAGUCCCUACUUGCUUUCGGUUCCGAUGCAGUUCAGGCUUUGUCUGAAAAGAGCCUUCCAGCGAACGAGAAAUGACCUUCCUGCCACGAUGGCUACCGCAAUCGUUCAGGUUAUUUUGUCACUAAUUAUAGGCUCCAUCUUCUACAACACUCCUAAUAGCACCAAUGGUUUCUUCCAAAAAGGCGCCGUUCUGUAUUUUGGCGUGCUUAUGAAUGCGCUCAUCACUAUCAACGAGAUCAUGCUACUGUACAGCCAGCGGCCAAUUGUCGAAAAGCAAGCCUCCUACGCUUUUGUCCAUCCGUUCACAGAGUCCCUGGCAAGUAUCAUCUUGGACUUUCCCAUCAAGCUUUUCCGGUGCUGUAUCUUCAGUCUCAUACUCUACUUUAUGACCAAUCUUCGGCGGGAGCCAUCGCAAUUUUUCAUCUUUAUCAUGUUCUUGGUCACGGCCAUCGUCACGAUGUCUGGCAUAUUCAGGACCUUGGGUGCUAUGACAAAGACUAUCGGACAGGCUAUGGCUUUGGCUGGAAUUAUGGUCAUCUGUAUGGCUGUUUAUACCGGAUUUACCAUCCCCCAACCUUAUAUGCACCCUUGGUUUGGUUGGAUCAGAUGGUUAAAUCCGAUCUACUACGCCUUCGAGGGAAUCAUCGCCAACGAGUUCCAUGGCCGCAAUUUCGAAUGCAGCCAAUUUGUCCCUAGCUACCCUUCAUUGAGCGGAACAUCUUUCAUAUGUUCUGCCGUUGGUGCCGUUGCGGGAGAACACUUUGUUUCUGGAGACGAGUUCAUCGGCCAGAAUUAUCAGUAUUAUUACAGCCAUAUCUGGAGGAAUUACGGUAUUCUCAUUGGCUUCUUGGUGUUCUUUAACACACUCUAUCUGGUUAUUACCGAGCUCAGCCCCGGCACAUCAUCCAAACCGGAGGCAUUGGUUUUCCGCCCAGGACAUAUUCCCGCUUAUCUCAAAAACCGUGAUAUGGAAUCUGCCGCGUCUGAAAAAGUACCUGUAGCCAGCACCGACGGCUCGACAGAUGUUGAUGAUGAGGCUACCCAUCUAGCAAAGCAAACGGAUAUAUUCACCUGGAGGGGCUUGUCCUACGAUAUUCCGGUCAAAGAUGGCACAAGGAGACUAUUAGAUGAGGUGAAUGGAUGGGUGAAACCAGGAACCCUUACUGCACUCAUGGGUGUAUCCGGUGCUGGGAAAACGACACUCCUUGACGUGCUUGCUCAACGUGCCACACUUGGAGUCAUAAGCGGUGAACUGCUAGUGAAUGGCAAGGAUCUUGAUGCGAGCUUUCCACGGAAGGCAGGCUAUGUGCAGCAACAGGACUUGCAUCUAGAAACCGCAACUGUCCGCGAAGCUCUUCAAUUCAGUGCCGCUUUACGUCAGCCAUCGUCGGUUCCAAUGCGAGAGAAGUAUGGAUUCGUUGAAGAGGUUAUCAAAAUGCUCGACAUGGAAGAAUUCGCUGAAUCAGUGGUCGGAAACCCUGGAGAGGGUCUUAAUGUCGAGCAGAGAAAAUUGCUUACUAUCGGUGUUGAGCUUGCUGCCAAGCCUGCUCUGCUAAUCUUCCUUGACGAACCGACCAGUGGUCUAGAUUCACAGAGCUCAUGGGCGAUCUGCAAGUUCAUGAGAAAGCUUGCUGAUCAUGGACAAGCAGUCUUGGCUACAAUCCAUCAACCCAGCGCCUUGCUGUUUCAGGAAUUUGAUCGGCUUCUUUUCCUUGCAAAAGGCGGCAAGACGGUCUACUUCGGAGACAUCGGUGAACAAUCGCGCGUUCUACUGGAUUACUUUGAAAGCAACGGAGCAAGACACUGCGAGGAAAGCGAAAAUCCUGCUGAAUAUAUGCUGGAGAUAAUUGGGGCAGGGGCUUCGGGCCAGAGCUCGAUUGAUUGGGUGGCGACAUGGAACAAUAGCUCCCAUCGUCGUGAAGUCCUCGCAGAACUGGACCGCAUCGCUAAACACAGCUCUCCGAAUGCUACAGACUCAGACGAUAUGAGCACUCGCGAGUUCGCCAUGCCCAUCACGAGCCAGUUCUACUUUGUGACCAAGCGAGUCUUCCAACAGUACUAUCGCCAGCCGGAGUAUAUUCUUGCUAAGUUUGUCCUGGGAAUCAUUUCCGGCCUGUUCAUCGGCUUCUCAUUCUGGAAAGCGGACAACUCCCAGCAAGGAUUUCAGAAUGUGCUAUUCAGUCUGUUCCUUCUUUGCACGAUCUUUUCUACACUCGUGAACCAAAUCAUGCCCAAAUUCGUUACUCAACGAGCACUCUAUGAAGUUCGCGAAAGACCGUCUCGAACCUAUUCCUGGAAAGUAUUCAUCGUGGCCCAGAUCCUCGCCGAGCUUCCGUGGCAGAUCAUUCUCGGUGUGUGCUCCUGGGCCUCAUUUUACUUCGCCGUGUUCGGUGCCGACCAAGAACCCCAGCGCCAAGGUCUCGUCCUCCUCUUCGUGGUGCAGUUCUACAUUUUCGCCUCCAGCUUCGCGCAGCUCGUCAUCUCCGCCUUACCGGACCCCGCCCUGGGAGGCAUGCUAGCUGUCCUCGGGUUCGGUAUGUCCCUGAUCUUCAACGGAGUCAUGCAACCCCCCGACGCUCUACCCGGGUUCUGGAUCUUCAUGCACCGCGUCUCCCCGUUGACAUAUUACAUCGCCGGGAUCAGCGGCGCUGCUCUCCACGACCGCCCGAUCCGCUGUUCCGAUCGAGAGCUCAAUACCUUCGACCCACCUGCGGGACAGACCUGCGGCGACUACCUAGCAGAGUACCUCAAAGCCGCCCCGGGACAGCUUUACAACCACGAGGCCACAGAAGCAUGCCAGUACUGCUCUUUGAGAAUAUCGGACCAGUACCUGGCUGGACGGGAUAUUUCGUGGGACGACCGCUGGCGCAAUUACGGUAUCUUCUGGGCCUAUUUCGUGUUCAACGUGUUUGGGGCCAUUAUGCUGUAUUACGUUUUCCGGGUGUGGCCUUAUACUAAAAAGGUGAGGGCCAGCAAGAAAUAGGGUGGAACUUGUUCAAACUUGAGGUCAACUAGAGGAGAUGAUGCUUUAGGG